UCACCAGGCACAACCGUGGGCUCCGAGUCAACUGGGAUGACCGCUGGCACUGGGUCAGACAUUGGGAUCGUCUGGCUGGACAGCGGGCAUCGGGUCACCAGGCAGCGGGCACCGCGUCAUCUGGCAAGGCAUGGGCUCCGAGUCAACUGGUAUGACCGCGGGCACUGGGUCAGACAUUGGAUCGUCUGGCUGGAUAGCGGGCACUGGGUCACCAGGCAUCAGGUCAUUUGGCUCGACAGCGGGCACCGCGUCAUCUGGCAAGGCAGUGGGCUCUGAGUCAACAGGCACGACAGUGAGCACCGGGUCAUCAGGUACCGGAUCAUCUGGAUCAACAGCGGGCAU